AAUUAAGCCAAUGGCUAGGAUAUUAUCAUUGCUUUUUCUCGUUGCUUCCCAUUUGUUAGUUUCCGGAGUGACAUCCAAGAACUUAACCAUUGAGAACAAAUGCGAUUACACCGUGUGGCCUGGGAUCUUCACCUCUAAGGGUUCACUAUCCACAACUGGAUUCGCGCUCAAGAAAGGAGCAUCGCGUGCCAUAGACGCGCCGUCGUUAUGGUCAGGUAAAAUAUGGGGAAGGACGCUCUGCUCCAGAAACUCAACUGGUAAAUUCUCAUGCCGUACCGGAGACUGCGGCUCCGGCGAAAUGGUGUGCUCAGGCAAAGACACUAACUCUCCGACGACUGUAGCCGAAUUAAGCAUCAACAGUGUCGAAGCCAGUAUCGACUCGUACCGCGUCAGUGUCGCCUACGGUUACAACCUUCCGUUGCUGGUCCUCCCUCAGGGAAGAUUCAUGACCAAUAGCUGCAAAGUCGUUGGCUGCCAUGGCGGUAUUGACUUAAACCAGGCUUGUCCGUAUGAGCUUAGGGUCGUCGACGCCGAGGAACGGCCAAUCGCGUGCACUAAUCCGUGUCUGACGACACCCACCACUUGCAAAAAGUCUCCUUACUCGGUAAUAUUCAAGAGCGAGUGCCCAACAAUUGUUACUUCCGGCGAUAACGACAACAACAACUUCACGUGCCUUGGCUAUUACACCGACUACGUCAUCACGUUUUGCCCUUUCUUCACUCCUGCCCCCACCAGACGCAAGAACACGAGCCCAGUGACUGAAUCUUCUUUGACAAGAAAAAAGAAAAAUGAAACUCUUGAAUCCCCCAAGGAAGCUACGACAGGAUCAAAACGUAAUUCUCCAUUGAAGUUAAAAGUCAUACUCGGGAGCUUAGCAGCUUUAGUUGUAAUGAUCAUUAUUGUUGUGACUGCGAUAGUGGUGAGAGCGAAGAGUGCGAGAAGAAAGAAUGAUUUGAACCGCGAAAACAUUGAAGCAAUUGUGAUGUUGAAACGAUAUAGUUAUGGUAAAGUCAAGAAGAUGACAAAAUCAUUUGCGCAUGUUCUCGGCAAAGGAGGAUUUGGAACUGUCUACAAAGGAAAGUUACCCGAUGGAAGUGGUAGAGAUGUUGCAGUGAAGAUCUUGAAGGAUUUAAAGGGCAAUGGAGAAGAGUUCAUCAAUGAAGUAGCUAGCAUGAGUAGAACAUCUCAUGUCAAUAUUGUUUCCCUGCUUGGAUUUUGCUAUGAAGGAAGCAAAAGAGCUAUAAUUUAUGAGUAUAUGCCGAAUGGUUCACUCGACAAAUUUAUUUCCGAGAGUAUGUCAACGAAGAUAGAAUGGAAAGCUUUAUAUCGCAUUGCGGAAGGUGUUGCUCGUGGGCUAGAGUACUUACACAACCGUUGUGUGUCAAGGAUUGUGCAUUUUGAUAUAAAGCCACAAAACAUACUUAUGGAUGAAGAUUUUUGUCCGAAGAUUUCAGAUUUUGGUCUUGCUAAGCUUUGCAAAAAGAAAGACAGUAUUAUCUCGAUGCUAGACGCAAGAGGGACCAUAGGUUACAUUGCUCCUGAAGUGUUUUCCAAAAGCUUGGGUGGAGUUUCCCAUAAGUCUGAUGUGUACAGUUAUGGAAUGGUGGUUCUUGAGAUUGCCGGAGCAAAGAAUAGAGAAAUACCUGAAAACUCUAGAUCCAACAGUAGCAGCAGUUCAAUCUAUUUUCCAGACUGGAUUUAUAAAGAUCUUGAGAGGGAAGAUUCCAUGACACUUUUUGGAGAUAAAGUGACCGAGGAAGAAGAUAAGAUAGUGAAGAAAAUGGUGUUGGUGGGUUUAUGGUGUAUUCAAACAAACCCAUCUGACCGUCCAUCAAUGAGCAAGGUCGUUGAAAUGUUAGAGGGAAGUCUAGAGGCUUUGCACAUUCCACCUAAGCCUCUUUUGGGUUUACCAGCAGUAAUGGUGUCAGAAUCUGAGAGUCAAGAGACUUCAAACUUAUGGAAAGCAAGCCAGUCAGAGAGAGGACCUCUUUCACCUUGACAAGAUAUUUGAGAUGAUAGUCAAUUUUCUUAAACCCAUGUUUAAUUUUGUUGGUCUAUACCAUUUUUGCGUAUAUAAGAUCCCAAAAAUAAACAAAUACCUUCAUUUUCCAAUGAAUGAAUA